CCGCCGCAGCCGCCGCUUCGCUCCGCGCCCCGCGCUCCCGGGAGCCGCCUCAGCCAGUCCCGCGCCGCGGGGCCGGGCCGCCCGCCGCCGCCAUGUCCGGCGGGGACUCCACGGCCGCGGCCGCCGCCGCCUCCCCGCAGCCGCUGCCGUUCUCGCUGCCGAAGCCGCCGCCCCUCAUGCAGCUGACGCCGGGCGACGCCGUGCGGCCGGUGGGCUCGGGCGCCGACCAAUCGCCGAAGAGCGCGCGGCUGGCGGCGCGCCCCGAUUGGCCGGCGGGGAAGCCCGUCAGCCUGCUGGCGCCGCUGCUCCCGCCCCGCGGGGAGCCCGAGCCGCUGCUGCCCUUCGGGCCCGCGGCCCCGCGGCCGCCGCUGCGCGGGCGCCUCCUGGGCCGCUGCGGGGGCUCCCUGCUCAGCCCCGCCAUGCGGCCCGGCGGCGUCGACCGCGGCUCUCUCAUGAUGGGCCACCCGGGAAUGCCCCACUACCCCCCCAUGGGGAUGCACCCCAUGGGCCAGAGACCUCCCAACAUGCCCCCGGUUCCCCACGGGAUGAUGCCUCAGAUGAUGCCCCCCAUGGGAGGACCCCCGAUGGGGCAGAUGCCUGGAAUGAUGCAGUCGGUGAUGCCUGGAAUGAUGAUGUCCCACAUGUCCCAGGCUGCCAUGCAGCCCACGGUUCCUCCGGGAGUGAACAGCAUGGAUGCACAAGUAGGUGUGACCCCUCCAGGGACUCAGACAACGCAUCCCGUGGUCUCCACAGUGCAGCAGAGCUCCACCACCACCAGCUCUGCCAGCGAGGAGCACUCCAAGCAGAAAUCCACGUGGACGGAGCACAAAUCUCCAGAUGGAAGAACUUACUACUACAACACCGAGACCAAGCAGUCCACGUGGGAGAAGCCAGAUGACCUCAAAACCCCUGCUGAGCAAUUGUUGUCCAAGUGUCCCUGGAAGGAGUAUAAAUCAGAUUCUGGGAAGCCUUAUUAUUACAAUUCCCAAACAAAGGAAUCCCGCUGGGCAAAACCCAAAGAGCUGGAGGAUCUUGAAGCAAUGAUUAAAGCUGAAGAAAACAGCACGAAGCCGGAGGACGCGGCUGCCGCCGCCUCGGCUCCGGCCGCGGACGCUCCGAGCGGGGCCAGGGUCUUCCCACUUAAAGCAAGUGCUGCUGCAAAGAAGGAGGAUGAGGAUGCCCAACCAGUUAAAAAAACCUACACGUGGAACACAAAGGAAGAGGCCAAACAAGCAUUUAAAGAACUGCUAAAAGAAAAGCGGGUUCCAUCCAAUGCUUCCUGGGAGCAGGCCAUGAAAAUGAUCAUUAAUGACCCCAGAUACAGUGCUUUGGCAAAACUGAGUGAAAAGAAGCAGGCCUUUAAUGCCUACAAAGUUCAGACAGAGAAGGAGGAGAAGGAAGAAGCCAGAUCCAAGUACAAGGAGGCCAAGGAAUCCUUCCAGCGCUUCCUGGAAAACCAUGAGAAGAUGACAUCCACCACCAGAUACAAAAAAGCUGAACAGAUGUUUGGGGAGAUGGAAGUGUGGAAUGCCAUAUCCGAGCGGGACCGGCUGGAGAUUUAUGAGGAUGUUCUGUUCUUCCUGUCCAAGAAGGAGAAGGAACAAGCCAAGCAGCUGCGGAAGAGGAACUGGGAAGCUCUGAAGAACAUCCUGGAUAACAUGGCCAACGUCACCUACUGCACCACCUGGUCAGAGGCCCAGCAGUACCUCAUGGACAACCCCACCUUUGCUGAGGAUGAGGAGCUCCAGAACAUGGACAAGGAGGAUGCCCUGAUCUGUUUUGAGGAACAUAUCAGGGCCUUGGAGAAAGAGGAGGAGGAAGAGAAGCAGAAAAGUUUGCUGAGGGAAAGGAGGAGGCAGCGUAAAAACCGGGAAUCUUUCCAGCUGUUUCUGGAUGAGCUGCACGAGCAUGGACAGUUACACUCCAUGUCCUCCUGGAUGGAAUUGUACCCAGCCAUCAGCUCUGACAUCAGAUUCACCAGCAUGCUCGGCCAGCCUGGAUCAACGGCGCUUGACCUGUUCAAGUUUUAUGUGGAGGAUUUAAAAGCUCGUUACCACGACGAGAAGAAGAUAAUUAAAGACAUCUUAAAGGAUAAAGGAUUUGUGGUGGAGGUGAACACUUCCUUUGAGGAUUUUGUCACUGUCAUCAGCUCUACUAAAAGAGCCACCACGUUGGAUGCAGGGAAUAUCAAACUGGCUUUCAACAGUCUGCUGGAGAAGGCGGAAGCGCGGGAGCGCGAGCGGGAGAAGGAGGAGGCCCGGAAGAUGAAGAGGAAGGAAUCAGCCUUCAAGAGCAUGCUGAAACAAGCCACCCCUCCCAUCGAGCUGGAUGCUGUCUGGGAGGAUAUCAGAGACAGAUUUGUGAAGGAACCAGCAUUUGAAGACAUCACCCUGGAAUCUGAAAGGAAAAGGAUAUUUAAGGAUUUCCUUCAUGUACUUGAGCACGAGUGCCAACACCACCACUCCAAGACCAAGAAACAUUCGAAGAAAUCCAAAAAACACCACCGGAAGCGCUCGCGCUCCCGCUCCGGCUCAGAGUCCGAGGAUGACGACAGCCACUCCAAGAAGAAGCGGCAGCGCUCGGAAUCGCGGUCGGUGUCCGAGCGUUCGUCCAGCGCCGAGUCCGAGAGGAGUUACAAGAAGUCCAAAAAACACAAGAAGAAGAGCAAGAAGAGGAGGCACAAGUCUGAUUCACCAGAAUCUGAUGUGGAACGAGAGAAGGACAAGAAGGAAAGAGAGAGGGACAGUGAGAAGGAAAGAGCCAGACAGAGAUCUGAGUCCAAGCAUAAAUCUCCCACUAAAAAACGGCCUGGAAAAGAUUCCGGAAACUGGGAUACCUCUGGCAGCGAGCUCAGCGAGGGCGAGCUGGAAAAACAGAGGAGGACUCUUUUGGAGCAGCUGGAUGAAGAUCAAUGAGAAGAUCCUUGAUACCAAAAAUGUUUACAGGUGGCAAAAUAAAACCAAGCCUUGUGUGGGCAAGGCCCUGGGGCCAGAGGCCGGUGGCCCAUGGCCACAACAACGGUGGCUUUUAGUUUUUUACCACUUCAAUCCAGUCAAAAGUAGAAAAAUCCAUGGAAUUCUGAGGGCAAAGCUGUGCCUGGCCUGGAGCUGCGGGGCGGGAUGGGGGCUGGGAUCCCCUGGAGGGGACACGGAGGUGGCAGCAGUGUCCCCAAGCACUUUCCCGAUGUCCUUCCCAAGGCAGGGAACAACCCUGGGCUGCCUGGGCAGAGCCCAGUUCAGCUUCAGGAAAAAAACCUCCUAAUUUAAUUCUUUGUGCUUUCGUUCUUUGAUGGAUUUGGUUGGGUGGGAUUUUUUUUUGGGGAAUAAGCAGGAGAAGGAAUCCGUGUCCUGAUGUGUUGUGCAAUCCCCUGGAUUGUGGGGUUGUUUGGCACCGGGGCUUUUGUCCAAGACUGAUUGGUGUCCCGACUCCCAUCGAUCCCAAAGCCCAGGGAAUGUUGUGGAUGGGAAUUCUCCUGCUGUGCCAGCAGAGGGAGCGUUUGGGACACAACCACCUCGGCAUUCCCCAAAUCCCACCCCCGCCCAGCCCUGGCUGUUACUCCAGCGUUUCUCUCCCCCUUCCGAAAACUUAGGAAUAAAAAUCCAAUGUUAAACACAAUUCCAUGUGUUGCCUUAAGAACCUGCUGCAGAAUGUACCUGCACAGCCCAGAGGAGGGAGGAGGAAGCAGCUCCAGCCCUGUUUUCCAGCCCCUGCACGUUCAGGAAGGUGCCCCCAGCCCUGCUCGGUGAGAAAAUUGGGAAGCCGCUGUCCUUGGAAUAUUUUUGUACAUUUUUAUCAAUGAUUAAACCUUGUCUUUUAGCA